AUGGCUUCGUUGAUGUUCCUUGGAAGGGUGAGGGGUGUACGAUCCAUUUUCUCUUGUAAGGAAACGUUUUUGGCCCCAGUGCGCAUCGCUGCAUCAGGAAGAAGGUGUAUGAGCCAAGAAAAGCCAAUUAGCCGGUUUCCCGUUCCCAUUAGAGAUACAUUACCACAAGAUAUUCAGCAAAGAAUGAGUGAAGUGGAAGAGAAGGUACCACAGAUCGAAUGACUAUGAUGAUGAUACUUAUUAAUUAGCUUAUAUUGCGAAGAUAUCAAUCAAGAAAUUUUCCUUCAAACCCUAAACGAUGACUAGCUCUUAAUUAAAUGACAACUACCUGAUGACGCUAUCAUUAUUCUUUCAACAAUAAUUAGGGUCACCAGGUAAACAAUCGUACUUUAUACAAAUCCUAUUUGAACUCAAUAAUUAAUAAUAAAAAUAAUAAAAUAUCAGCCAGGGAAUGCCUUCUGAAACAAAUAUGUUUUAAGAGUCUUUUGGAAGCUGUUUACAGAGGAUAUAUUUCUAACAAAAAGGGGGUAGUCGGGAAAUUUAGGGGAAGCCAUAUUAAAAAGAUCGACACUUAGCCUAAUAAUCGACCUGCAUGUUGGAAUGCUAAGAAGUCCCAGGGGCGGUGGGGAGGGGUACUCUGGAUUUCAAGUGACGGGGAAGAUCGAAUGGGGGCAAAAACCAAAACCCCAAAAUAUCCGUAAGCCUUCAAACAAAACCCAAGAAAAUCCCUGCACCAAAAAUUAACUCCAAAAAAAUCCCAUGCCGCAUUUCCGAACAUUAAAAAUUUUCAGAAAGCAUUAAGUGAUAUAACACGAAAUUUAAAAACAUUAGAAAUCAAGUGUUUGUGUUUGUUUAUUCAUCAUGCCAUCUAAAGUUAUUAUGAUUAUUCAUGUUGUUUUGAAUGUCCCCCAAAAAUCCCUACUUAAAUCAAGCCACCCAAAAAGAUACUUGCCAAAUCUUCCUACCCAAAAAAAUCCUUUGAUCAUCCCCAUCACUUGAAAUCUGGAGUAGCCAAAAGAUAGCCUGCGAAAGCAUCUGUUUCUCCUUCGCUCUUGGGUGGCGAAGAGCGAAGGAGAAACGGAUGCUUUCGCAGGCUAGCCAAAAGAAAGUUUUUCUCUUGCAGUAAUAAAGCAGGCAAUUUCAAGUGGGCAAGGCAGGCCCAUCUUGUCUUGUUGGAUAGCCAAUCAGAACAUAAAUCAAUAUAGAAAUUGCUUAAUCUUACCCACUAGUAGAAACAGCUAUGUUGUUAGGCUUCCUAGAAGAACUUUAAAACCUGAUGACAUGACAUGACAAACAGCAGUAUUUAGCUGAGAAAGAACUGAGCCCCAAAUCUUAAAUGAUCUGUUCAUUUUUACAUAUUUUCAUUUCCUACCAAAUGAGGAUCAGUAGUGAAUUUUCAACCUCAAUGAAGGACCUGUCCAUGAAAAAAUCAAGCAGUGUCCUCCCCUUGCCCCACCUCCAAUUGUUUUGAUCUGCAAAGCAUUUACAGUGUGACUACAAGAACCGAGGCCACCCAGAAAAAAAAAGAGACAAAAUUUUGAAAUUAGCCAAUCACAAGUCAAGAUCGAAACAAUGAAAUUGCACAUAAUUUCGUACUCAGAGCCAGUUCAAAAUACGUAGCAAACCAUUUUUCUAAAGGAUAUACAAUAACACAAUAUACAUAGGAAUCAUGACGUUUGUGUAAAUCAGGCUGGAAAAUGUUUUGUCAACAUCUGGGUUGGCUGGAAUCAAAGCCAGCAGUAAAGAAAUUUUGAACAAUCUGAACUAGUAAUGGCGAUGACACUCCAAAGAUCUUUUUAUUCGAAGCGGACCUCAUAGGAAACAUGUUUACUUGAGCAAAAUUCAAAGGUCAUGCUUUGUGAUUGGUGGAUUUCGAUCCCAAAUUGUUUCUGUGUUUGGGGCUGUCACCGUGACUAGGUUGCUUCUUGUCACUUGCAAGAAUAAAGCAAUGUCUGCCUUGUUCCCAAGACAAAAAUUUCACUAACCAUGGCAAUUUCCUUCGCUAUUCUUAAGCAGUCUAGAGUCAUUCUCAGUUUUGUUUUCGCCGUCCAAGCUGGGCAGGUGCGUAAACUAUGUAUUGUACCCGACCCCAUACCUUUUCAAGUCACAGGCAUUGCGAUUCACUCCUGGAGCACAGUUUGCGGUGAAAGAGAAUGAGCGGCUGUCGCAGGUUGCUCCAAUUUUUUUUACCACUGGCUUUGCUUUCGGCAAAACCCAUACAUUGUCAACAGUAAAAACAUUUGUCAUCUUGAAAUAUACACAAACAUCAUGAUUCCUUGUUUUUCAUAUCCUUUUACAAAAAUGGUUCGCAACGUAUUUUGAACUGGCCGUCUUAGUACAAUUAUGCAUAAUUUCAUCAUUUAGAUCUCGACUUGUGAUUGGCUGAUUUCAAAAGUUGUCUCAAAAUUUUGUUUGGGUGGCCUUGCUUCGUGUAACUACUGACACAACAUGCCUACUCUCUUUCUUCAAGGGUGGCUUUUUACCGAAUGUCUUCAAAGUACUAGCCCAUCGACCAGAUGAAUUCCGAGCAUUCUUCAUGUACUAUGAUGCCUUGAUGUUAAAAGAAGGUAACCUAACCAAGGCUGAGAAAGAAAUGAUCGUGGUAGCAACAAGUGCUGCUAAUAACUGCACAUAUUGUGUUAUUGCCCAUGGUGCACUAUUGAGGAUCUACGCUAAGAACACCUUGCUGGGUGAUCAGGUAAAUUUCUGUUUAUAUUUCUAUUACAUUUGAAUGAUUAAUAGCCCAUGAACAGGUUCCCAAGGGGGACAGGGCAAAAAAGAAAAUUGGUGAACGAAGCAAGCCAAGUGUGGUGUGGGGGAGAAAAAAUGGUGGGGGAGCCUGUAGACUUUGUGUCGAUGCUGACCAUCCAUGAUACUAGAUUCUGGUAUCAUGAUCUGAUUGGUCAGAUCACUAACUGUUGACAAGUGAGUAAUGAAUAUUGACAAAACACCCAAUGCUUCACUUGCCGAUUUCAUUUUUCGCCCUGCUCCACUUGGGAGCCCGUUCACAGGCUAAUUAAUAAAUAAUGAGAAAGAAACUAUCCCUCCUGCCAAUAAGGCACAUUGACAUCAUUUCCAAAUAAUUUUUUGCUUUUUCAGAUUUAGUGACCCACACAAGCACUCAUGCAUGUGUGGGUCAAAUUAUUAGUUGUGUUUGUCUGCCCCUUUUUCUUUAAGAGGCUUGAGUGACAAGCAGUCUUUUUUUCAUAGUUUGCUUUUGCUGUUCAGUCCUGUAUUUUAGUAAGCUCUCCAUUUUACAUGGCAAGUGAUAGCUCCUCACUUUUGUGGGCCACUCACCCAUGACUUCACAUUAUAUGCCUUAAUGGAGAGCUUGUUCACAGACUAUUCUAUUGUGUUGGUAUUAAUGCACUUGAACUCUAGCUCAAGUUUAAACCAGCAGAUGUGUGUAGCAAAGGUGUUUUUUAUAAUCAGGAAUUGUAAUUCUUUUUUGUAUGCUUCCAAAAGUGCUUUAAAAAGAAUCCUCAACAUGUGAAAAAGUUGUUUUGGUAAUACAGUGAAAGCUAGAAAAUGGACAAUCUUGUACAUGUAGUUAUAACUGAAAUGACCUUGCUAUUCACUUACAAUAUUCCAUUGUUUUUGCCAUUUCCCAAAUUUGUGGCAAUUAAUUUGCUUGUGUUUUUUUAUCCAUUUCUCUUAAAUUGGUUUCCACUGUUUUCUCUAUCAUCAUAGUUUAUUACUUUAAUACUAUUCGGAAUUUAUAAUCAUUUUAGGUUGCAGCAAACUGGCACUAUGCAGAUCUAACAGAAAGAGAGAAAGCCAUCAUCGAGUUUGCCAUGCAGGUGUCCCGAUCGGAAACAGUAAAAGAUGAGCACAUUAAAGCUUUAGAAACGCAUGGCCUGGAUAGUGAAGAUGCCUGGGAUAUUGGUGCCAUUGCUGGACUGUUUGCAUUGUCUAACAGAAUGGCCCAUUUGACCAACAUGCGACCAAAUGAUGAGUUCUAUUUGUUGGGCAGAAUCAAGAAAGAUAAAAAGGAGUGAGGUUCUUAUCUGUUUAGCUUUUAAUAGAGAAUUAACUAAGAAGUGAUAUUUUUUUAAAAAACAAGGCAUAAUGCAAUGAACUUCAAGAGUUCUAGGAAAAGAAACAUUUUAAACCUAUUUUAUAUGACGCUGUUCUGUGGCUGCUUCUUCCAUAAAGUGCAGUUAAACUGACAUAGAAUAAACUGAAGUCUCACUUAAUUUAAUUGACCAGACUAAGGAGGAAAACAAAGUUAUUGAAGACUUUAAAUUGCAGUUUUUACUCCAAGAAAUAACAAGAAAGUUGCGUUAUAUGAAUAACUAAGUCAAAUGAAGCAUUGAAACAAGAAUCACUCGUGUGUGAAAGAAGCAGUGAGCCGUGGCCCGGCAUGCUGCAUGCAAGAAUAUGGCUGUUCCUUACAUGCACUGAAGCCAAAGUUAUGGAGCAUCAAACACGAAGGGGUGAGACCUUGAAAAAUGGGUGCGAGCCUCCUUAAACCCGGACUCAGUUUCAGAGAAGACCGAUUAAAAAUCAGUACCUUAUCAUAGUUUAAUACGGCCUAGGACCAAAAAAUCAGACCUGGCAUACAUUUCGUUAUAAAUUAAAACAUUGUCAAUAUUCUAUGAAGACAAAAAAUUUUGUUUCAGUGAAAGGCAAAGAGAAC